CACCGAAGCCACAUUGACAAUUGGCACACAUACAUUCGUCCACACCCACACACGCCCUACAGUAUCAUCAUCUCAUGUCCCAUCCACACCACAGAGCACACGUUUUGCCACAUACACACAUUCAGUCCGGCUGAAAAGGGUUAGUAAUGUUCCUUGCCGGCGGUGUGCUGCUAACAGCAUCCCCCCUCUCGACCACACGCCUGCCCCUCUCGGUCAUCGACUUGCUCCGAUCUGACGUCUCCCACUGCGGCGACCGACUCACUGUAGCCAUGCCAUUGGGGGUCGGUGCGCCACUCGACGAAGCGAAGGGGUUGGUCGGCGGCUGACUCUCAGCAGCGGCAGUAAAUGGGUUCAGGGGCACGGUGCUGGGGAUGGGGGUGGUGAUGUCCGGUGCCCUCCUCGCUGGCACAGGCGAUCGCGGGAGAGGCACGGAGGGUGCAGGCUGGCGGGGCGUAAUUGCUGGUGGUGGCGAAGGACUCGACAAUGGCAGUGGCUGCCUCGCCGGUGGUGGUACAGUAGCAGUAGACGCUGCCGAAUGGGUUGAACCCCACAGAAGAUGAUCAUGACGGUGACGGCGGCGGCAUGUCGGCUCCCAUCAUGGAGGAGAGGAACGGGGAGGGGGCAGAGGGCGGCUGGGUGGGCUCUGCGGCGGCUGUCAUGUCCGAUCGCGUCAGCUGCUGCGGGAAGAGGCCCCUGCCGAAGUACUCGGCCACGUGUGCAAAUCCGUCCGGGGAUCCUCUGAGGAACUUGAAGAACUCGUCGCUGUUCUUGGCCUGUGCCUCUCGCUGCUCUCGAACCACCUGCAGGCACACAAGAAAGAGCAUUCUCAUGACGCGGGCGUGUGUGUAUACGUGUGUGUGUGUGUGGUCUUGCGCUUUUUGGCUGAUGUAGGGAACUGUUUUGCCUGUGCCUCCGGCGAUAUCCCUCAAUGACAAAAAUCAGCCAAGAAAUCACCAGAUUCGAAGUGGCGUGGGACUUUACGCCGAUACAGCGUACAGGGCGGAGCGGGUCGCUAAAUAUGGGUCGAAGGAUAGAAGUGCGAGAGAUGUCUCACUAUUGCUAAAGGUCUGUUGGAGCCGGUCCGCCGCUCCUCGCCCUUGCUUGUGUCGCACGAGUAGACGGCUAGCUUGACAUGGGGGAAAUGGGGGCAAUACAUGCGUGAAGACUGCAGAAGGGAACAAUGAGCUGAUGAUCUAUCUACGCUCUGCAAAGCCCUGGCAUAACGCUACGCUUUCCUUAUCCUUCCAACGACCAGCCUGACAAGCACUCACUCGAAUUCAUCAACCAACAACAGCCUGGCGGCAAGUCG